GGAAGACGAUGUCGCAGCUCUUAUCUUCUCCUCCAAUGUCAAUAAACUCCAAAACCUCCUUAACCCACCGGUUCCCAGAAGCUCGUUUUCUCACCGCCCGUGGUUUCAUCGGAAAAGGGCAUGGCUUUGCCGUGAAGCCGAUGGAGAGAGUGAAGCUAACGGUGAAGUCUAGGUAUAGCGACUCGUCUUCGCCGGCUUAUUCUACCCAAAAUGGGGAAGGAUCUUCGCCACGGUUUUAUGUGGGUCAUUCGAUUUACAAAGGGAAAGCUGCUCUUACGAUUGAGCCUCGUGCCCCAGAGUUUGUGGCUUUAGAAUCUGGUGCGUUUAAGCUUUCAAAAGAAGGGUUUCUGCUGCUUCAGUUUGCUCCUGCAGCUGGUGUUCGUCAGUACGAUUGGAGCAGGAAACAGGUGUUCUCAUUGUCAGUUACAGAGAUCGGUAAUUUAGUUAGCCUUGGGCCGAGGGAAUCAUGUGUUCAGAACAAGCUUUUGAAUGUAGAUGAGAGUGUAUACAUACCAAUCACUAAAGCAGAGUUUGCUGUUCUUAUCUCUGCCUUCAACUUCAUCUUGCCGCACCUUAUAGGCUGGCAAGCAUUUGCAAACUCCAUCAAACCAGAAGACUCUAGCCGUCUUAACAAUGCGUCUUCACCUAAGUAUGGUGGAGACUACGAAUGGAGUAGAUGAUUGAGAAAUACAGACAACAUUGCAAACUCAGUUCUUGUGUCCAUCCCAUCUUUUUUGCCGAAAGAAAGAAGAAAGUAGCAGUAGAGACUGAAGUAGUGUUUAGACCAAAUGGACUGUGUUGUUGUGUAUGAAAAAACUCAUCUUCUGUGUUGUACUUUUAUCUUAUUCAAGAGCGGUUAAAGUUUUGGUAAAACAAGAAUCAAUUUGCUCUUUAAUUCACAGUUUUUUUUAUGAUCACAAAGGGUCUGAACUACACUGCAAUGAUUCAAUGUAAGAAGCUAACAAUGGCAUGGUCAUUGUGAGGAUGUCGCAUUCAGACAUUAAACCGAGUGUAAUACUACCCCACAUAAUGAGCUGUUU